GCGCGCAGGCGUGUCGCUCGCGCUCCAGCCGCCGCUGCCGCCAGCCGCCGCCAUGAGUCGCACCAAGUUCAUCGAUAUUGGUAUUAACCUGACAGAUCCUAUGUUCAGAGGAAUCUACAGGGGAACACAAAAACAUCAAGAUGACUUUUUGGAUGUCGUAGAGAGAGCAGUCAAAAUUGGCAUUAAAAAGUUUUUGAUUACAGGUGGGAGUCUACAAGAUAGUAAAGAUGCAUUGCAGCUGGCACAGACAAACGACAUGUUUUACAGUACAGUUGGCUGUCAUCCUACCCGCUGCGGAGAAUUUGAGCAGAGUAGCCCUGAACAGUAUUUAUCUGAAUUAAAAGAUCUGAUUGAAAAAAAUAAGACAAAGGUAAUAGCAGUUGGAGAAUGUGGCUUAGAUUUUGAUAGAUUAGAAUUUUGCCCAAAGGACAUCCAACUCAAGUAUUUUGAAAAACAAUUUGACCUGUCAGAACAGACGCAACUGCCCAUGUUUCUCCACUGUAGAAACUCACACGCUGAAUUUGUAGACAUAAUGAGAAGAAACCGAGAUAGAUUUGUAGGAGGGGUGGUACAUUCUUUUGAUGGCACAAAGGAAGAAGCAGCAGCUAUAAUAGAUUUGGAUCUUUAUAUUGGAAUAAAUGGCUGUUCAUUGAAAACAGAAGCCAACUUGGAAACACUGAAAUCAAUUCCUAGUGAACGAUUAAUGAUAGAGACUGAUGCACCUUGGUGUGGAGUGAAAAAUACUCACGCUGGAUCAAAAUACAUUAAAACUACAUUUCCUACAAAAAAGAAAUGGGAAAUAGGGCACUGCCUGAAGGACAGAAAUGAACCCUGCCACAUAAUUCAAAUACUGGAAAUAAUGGCAGCAGUAAGAGAAGAUGACCCGCUUGAGUUGGCCAAUACUCUAUAUAACAACACUAUUAAAGUCUUCUUUCCAAAUAUAUAAAGUUGUUUUUCUUA